AUUACAAAAAAUCGGAUUUUGACAAAUGGGAACUUCUUGCUUGUGUUCGUCCCUCUAUAGAUUCCCAGUAGAUUAUCCAGACUGUACGGUCAGACUCAGCUAUGGCUGCUUACAGAAUGGUCGCAAACGACUUCAACCUGCAACUGCCACAAAUACUCAUGUCAGUGGCAAUGUUUGUCCGAAAAGAGGGACAUGCCUUUUUUCUGCGAUACAGGCGCAGAAGCCUAUAAUAACUGCGGCGAUACUGGCGGCAGCUGCAGCAUGUGUUGUGAUAGUAGCGGUGAAUGGGGCGGAGGCGGCGGAGCAGCUAACACAACAGGAAAUAAAUGGAGAGACUUUUUCGAAUGUACCGCAAACGCUAUCUGGAGAAUGCGUUGAGGGUCAGAAAGAUUGUAAAAAGGCGAGGAUUCAACGACCUAAGUCAAGGCAAGCUGAGACUUGUACUGUUAAAUGUGUCAAUACUUGUAUUCGUGGUGGCCUUGGAUCUCCUGGUGAAGGUCCUCUUAACGUUAGAAGGCCUCUGGUGGUGUUUAAGCAAGGGUUUCGCAGUCGCCAAUACUGUUUGGUGGAAUGCUCUGAUAUAUGUAAUUUGAUAAGAGAUGGUGAAGAUGGACCAUAGGCUGUACAUUUGAUCUUAUUUUUUUUGUUAGAUUCUUUAUUUGAGCCUACAAAAUUUCCAGCUGCUCUUAUAUAUGAUUAAAGCUGUGAUAGGGUUGUAUAUUCUCUGUGCAGAAAUGUGACAGGCUUUUAUUUAUAUACUCCUACUUUUUCUUCCACUUUCCUGGUGAGGUUAGCACCAAUAUUCUUUAGGAUAUAAGAGAAAAAUAUUAAUGCUUGUAUUGUGAAGUGAGAAAUGGAAAUUGGAAAUUACAAUAUUA